GCGGCUGGCGGCAGCUGCCUCGGCCCUGGCGCUCUGCCGGCAGCGCCCCCCAGCGGCGGAAGGGCGACAGUGGCCAAGAGUAGUCAGGAGGGGUUGUGGGUGGAUCCUGGCGCUAGGAAGCCCGGGAGGCGGUAGUGGCGGGCUAUGGCGGCCGCCGUCUCUGGUGCGGAGGUGACUGCUGAGGGGCAAGAGCCUUUGCUGAGUCCCGGAGAAGAAGAGGAGGAGAGCAGGGAUGUUGUGGAAUCAGAAGAGCAUUGUAAGAGCAGGUGGCGAUCCAUCUGGGUUAUGUAUCUUACUAUGUUUCUCAGUAGUGUAGGCUUCUCAAUUGUAAUUAUGUCUGUGUGGCCAUAUCUCCAGAAGAUUGAUCCAACAGCAGAUGGGAGUUUCUUGGGCUGGAUUAUAGCUUCAUAUAGCAUUGGCCAGAUGGUCUCUUCUCCCCUGUUUGGCUUAUGGUCCAACUACAGGCCAAGGAGGGAACCUCUUGUUGUUUCCACUGCUAUCUCAGUAGCUGCUAAUUGUCUUUAUGCCUACGUCCACAUACCGCAUUCACACAACAAAUACUACAUGCUGACUGCACGUGCUCUCGUGGGAUUUGGAGCAGGCAAUGUGGCUGUAGUUCGAUCGUAUAUUUCGGGUGCCACUUCGCUUAAGGAAAGAACAAGUGCCAUGGCCAAUACCAGUGCCUGCCAAGCAGUUGGCUUCAUAUUAGGACCAGUUUUUCAGACAUGUUUUACACUUAUUGGAGAAGAAGGAAUAACAUGGAAAUUCAUUGAUCUUCAGCUGAACAUGUAUACAGCACCAGUCUUAUUUGGAGCUCUCUUAGGAGUUGUUAACAUUAUUCUCAUCUUUGCCAUAUUCAGAGAGCACCGAGUGGAUGACAUGGGACGGCAGUGCAAAAGUGUCAAUUCUGAAGGAGAAGAAAGUGGUGUUCAGGAUCAGGACACAGAAGGAGAUGUUGACCACGUGGCUGUGGUAGCAAUCAAUUUCCUUUUCUUUGUCGUCUUGUUUGUGUUUGCUGUCUUUGAAACGAUAGCCACUCCUCUGACCAUGGAUAUGUAUUCCUGGACCAGGAAAGAAGCUGUUUUUUAUAAUGGAAUAAUCCUUAUCGUGGUUGGCAUUGAAUCAGUUAUUGUUUUCAUGGUGGUUAAAAUUCUGGCCAAGAAGGCUGGUGAGCGUGCCAUGCUCCAUGGAGGCUUACUGAUUGUCUUGGUUGGGUUCUUUAUCUUACUGCCUUGGGGGAAAAAACUGCCAAAUAUCCAGUGGCAAGAAAUAAAGAAUAACUCCAUUCCCAGAACGACCUAUACCGAAAUGGUAAUGCCCUUCUGGAGUUGGCAGAUUGCAGCUAACCACACAGAACCUGUGGGCUGCCCCAUCAUGCAGUCCUGGUGCCUAAAUACUCCCAUGAUCUACCUGGCCCAGUACCUCAGCUCUGACAUACUCAUUGGGUUGGGGUAUCCAGUUUGUCAUGUCAUGUCUUACGCUUUAUACUCCAAAAUUCUAGGACCAAAGCCUCAGGGUACCUACAUGGGAUGGUUAACUGCUUCUGGAAGUGGUGCGCGAAUACUUGGGCCUGUUUUUGUGAGCCAAGUGUACACACACCUGGGACCACGCUGGGCAUUUAGUUUAAUCUGUGGAGUAGUUGUGGCCUCUCUCCUACUGCUGGAAAUAGUAUACAAGAGACUAAUUGCCUUUUCUGUCAGAUAUGGAAGGAUGCAAGAAGAGAAUUGUUAAAUGCGUAUUAAAAAUACUCCGAACAACUUAGCUUAUUACUACUUUAGUGAGGAGUACCUAACCACUGACCUUGUUGGCUGCAUUCUGAGAACUGUAUGCUUGUACCUAAGACACUGACAGAGCACUUGCUCAUACCCUAAUACAUGAUUACACCUGCUGCAACAGAGCUUUUGGAAUCUGCUUUUCCAGCAGCAGAGAAGGGGGUGUGAAGGAGUUAGAUCAGUAUGAUGGCAUAUUUUCAGUGUGUAGUUUUAAAUGAUGCAGCUGUGCAUUGGAUGCAGCUUUGAAGGUCACAAGUUAUGUGCACCCUUUCCAGCAAAAAGUAGAAGAAAUAUUUAUCUUGAUUCUAUGAAUCGGGAUUAAUAAACUCUUUUGCAACUACAGGAUUAGUUGAGCUGCAUGCACUUUGUAUGAAAAUGUCACUACUCAAGUUAACCUCUGAUGUUCAGUUUGCUAGCUUCUAAGCCCUGGAGAACAGCCAUGUCUCAUCAGAGAAGCUGUUACAUAUCAGUACAUGUUCUCCAAGGGUUCAUAUGGAAUGUGGCAGAACUGCAGAGGAGGGUAGGUGCCUGCUUCACCAGCAGCUUGUGUGGGAUUUGGGUAGUUUAAGUUGGUUGCAAGCCACUGAAAACCACAGCUGAAGAGCUGUUACUUGAACUCCAGUGAACCGUACGUGCAAUUUUUCUCCUGCUGUUUUGCUGAAUGCCUUGCUUGUAGCAAGAAAGAUGACGGGUACAGAGCUGAACUAUGCACAGCUUUUCUUUACUACAAGAAGGCAAUGCUAAGGGUGAUAGUUUACACUUGCUCAUUGGUGAGAAUGAAGGCACUGUGCUGAACAACCAGUCUUAAUGUAAUGCUUAUUUGGUGACUAUUAUUUGAAGACUCCUUUUUUUCUGAUAUAUUAGUAUGAGAAACAAAUUUGUAACAGUCGAAUCCUUCAGUGGUUAUUUUUAAAAGUGAAAUAAUACUUUUUCUUCAGAAUGGGGUCUAAGAUCAUCUGUAUGGGGUUAUCUGUUUUAAUGCUACUGGGAGGAAAAAAAAAGUGGUGUAACUCCAGUAUGAGAGUUGGAGCUGCUGUUUAAUGUGUCUUACUGAAUUUAGUAACUGCAAUUAAGUAUUUUUAUGUAACCAAUUGUUCAAACAUUAAAAGACUACUGAAUUAAAA